GUUUAGCUCUGAGUCAUUCGGUGAAAUUGCAGGAGAGAUUCUCGCUGCAGCUCUUCAGGGAUUGCUUUUGUUAGAGGGAAAAGCAGAUUUGGAGGUUUGUAUGCAUGUGUGAGGAGAUGCGGAGUGCAUUUCACUGAGGUCUUUGAUCGCUGGGAAGCACUGCAAGAGGAGAGAGAAGCCGUGAGAAGAAGAGGACUGAAGUACAGAGCAGCUGUUUCCUAAUCCUCUGGUUCUUUUGGGUGCCUCAGUGAAUGUGAACAUGGAUUCUCUCACCGAGAUCUUCUUGAAGCUGCUGUUUCUUCUAUCUGCUCAUCACUGGCACACAGCAGUGGCAGGGAAUAAAUAUAAUUGUGAUGAUCAGUUGGUGUCUUCUUUACCUCAGUCGUCAUUCAGCAGUUCAUCUGAGAUGUCUAGCAGUCACAGCCCUGGAUUUGCAAGGCUUAAUCGAAGAGAGGGUGCUGGUGGCUGGUCUCCACUUGUGUCCAAUAAGUAUCAAUGGCUUCAGAUUGAUCUUGGUGAAAGAACCGAGAUUACUGCUGUUGCUACACAAGGUGGUUAUGGAAGCUCUGAUUGGGUAACAAGCUACCUUCUGAUGUUUAGUGAUACUGGACGAAACUGGAAGCAGUAUCGUCAAGAGGAAAGCAUUUGGGCCUUUUCUGGAAAUAAAAACUCUGACAGUGUUGUAUACUACAAGCUUCAUCAUUCCAUUAAUGCAAGAUUUCUCCGUUUUGUGCCUUUGGACUGGAAUCCCAGCGGCAGAAUAGGAAUGCGCAUUGAACUAUAUGGAUGCACAUACAGGUCUGAGGUGGUUGGUUUUGAUGGGAAGAGCUGUCUAAUUUACACAUUUAAUCAAAAACUCAUGAGUGAACUGAAAGAAGUGAUUUCUCUGAAGUUUAAGACAAUGCAAAGUGAUGGAAUUCUUCUCCACAGAAAAGGGCAAAAUGGACACCACAUCACACUGGAAUUAAUUAAAGGGAAGCUGUCCCUACUCAUUAAUUUAGGUGAUACUAAAACUCAUCCUCCUAAUGCCCACAUUAAUAUUACACUGGGCAGCCUAUUGGAUGAUCAACACUGGCAUUCUGUUAUCAUCGAAUACUUUAACAAUCAAGUAAACUUUACUGUGGAUAAACAUACUCACCGUUUUCAUGCAAGAGGAGAAUUCAGUUAUUUGGACCUUGAUUAUGAGCUCAGCUUUGGAGGGAUCCCACUACUUGGAAAAUCAGGGAUACUCUCAAGCAGGAACUUUCAUGGGUGUUUUGAAAAUAUUUAUUAUAAUGGAGUGAACAUUAUUGACCUGGCCAGGAGGCAGAAAUCUCAGAUCUACUUUGUGGGAAACAUGUCCUUCUCAUGUUUAGAGCCACAGGUGGUUCCUGUUACAUUUCUGAGCACCAAUAGUUAUCUGGCUCUGCCAGGCACAUCAGGGCAAAAUGAAAUAUUAAUCAGAUUCCAGUUUCGUACCUGGAACAAGCAGGGACUUCUAUUAUCUAAUAAACUGCACCGGGAUUCAGGUGGUUUCUUCUUAUAUCUCAGAAACGGGAAAGUGAAAAUCAGUCUUCAUAAACCAGGAAAAACACCAAGUGACAUCACUGCAGGUGCUGGAUUAAAUAAUGGCCAGUGGCAUUCUGUAUCCUUCUUUGCCAAGAGGAAUCGUGUUAGUGUAACAGUGGACAAUGACUUGACCUCAUCUGCUCAUGCCUCCAUACCUCUACAAAUUUAUUCAGGAGAUACUUUAUAUUUUGGAGGCUGCCCUAGUAGUGGAAACACUUCUGAAUGUAAUGCCUCAUUUGGUGGCUUUCAAGGAUGCAUGCGACUCAUUACUAUUGAUAACAAAACAGUGGAUAUGAUCUCAGUUCAGCAAAAUAUUGUUGGAAAUUUCAGUGACCUUCAGAUAGAUUUAUGUGGCAUUAUAGACAGGUGUCUGCCUAAUUACUGUGAACAUGGUGGUGAAUGCUCACAGUCUUGGAACAGCUUCUACUGUAACUGUUCCUAUACUGGUUACAAGGGAAGUACUUGCCACUAUUCCAUCUAUGAGCAAUCAUGUGAAGCCUAUAAGCACAAAGGGAACACUUCAGGCUUUUACAAUAUUGAUUCAGAUGGAAGUGGACCCUUGGGACCGUUUCUUGUAUACUGUAAUAUGACAGAUGCAACAUGGACAAUUAUACAGCAUAACAACACCAACUUAACCAGAGUCAAAAGUGCUAAUCAGGAGAAACCCUAUACUGUGUUUUUCAAGUAUUCUGCAAGCUUAGACCAGCUUCAAACUACAAUUAACCAAGCAGAACACUGUGAACAGGAGUUUGCUUACCACUGCAAAAAGUCGAGGCUUUUAGAUAAGAUAGAUGGGAUGCCAUUGAGCUGGUGGAUUGGAAGAACCAAUGAAACACAGACUUACUGGGGUGGUUCCUUGCCUGCUGUACAUAAAUGUGCUUGUGGAUUCGAGGGUAGCUGCAUUGAUUCCCAGCAUUACUGCAACUGUGAUGCGGACAGAGAUGAAUGGACUAAUGAUACUGGAUUCCUUUCCUACAAGGAGCAUUUACCAGUAACUGAAAUUGUGAUCACAGAUACUGACAGACCAAAUUCUGAAGCAGCUUACAAGCUGGGGCCUCUACUUUGCCGUGGAGACAGAACAUUCUGGAAUUCAGCAUCCUUCAACACAGAGCCGUCCUACCUGCAUUUCCCUACCUUACAUGGAGAGCUUAGUGCAGAUGUCUCAUUUUUCUUUAAAACUACUGCUUCCUCAGGAGUGUUUUUAGAAAACCUUGGAAUUCAAGACUUCAUAAGAAUAGAAUUAUACUCUCCAUCUGAAGUGAUUUUUUCAUUCGAUGUUGGGAAUGGACCUAGCGAAGUUUCAGUGCAAUCACUCACUUUCUUAAAUGACAACCAGUGGCAUUAUGUAAAGGCUGAACGAAACAUCAAAGAGGCAUCCUUACAAGUAGAUCAGCUUCCUCAAAGAUCUCACACUGCUCCAUCUAAUGGGCAUAUUCUCUUGCAGCUCAACAGCCAGCUCUUUGUAGGUGGGACGGCAUCCAGGCAGAAAGGAUUUUUGGGAUGCAUUCGUUCUUUACAGUUGAAUGGAAUGGCCCUUGACCUGGAAGAGAGAGCAAAGAUAACACCAGGAGUUGAACCAGGCUGUCCUGGACAUUGUAGCAGCUAUGGUAACCUGUGCCACAAUGGUGGAAAAUGUAGAGAGAAAUACAGUGGAUUCUCCUGUGACUGCACUUUCUCUGCCUAUGCUGGGCCAUUCUGUAAGAAAGAGAUCUCUGCAUACUUUGGGACCGGCACUUCUGUGACAUACAAUUUUCAAGAAUACUACACCUUAGCUAAAAAUUCCAGUUCUCACGCUUCUUCUUUCUAUGCUGACAUGACACUGAACAGGGAAGCAAUUACAUUUGCCUUCCGAACAACACAGACACCGAGCUUAUUGCUGUAUGUCAGCUCCUUCUACAAGGAAUAUCUGUCAAUCAUUCUCACCAGAAACGGAAGUUUACAGAUCAGGUACAAGCUAGAUAGCCAACAAGAUCCUGAUGUCUUUGGCAUCAAUAUCAAAAGCAUGGCUAAUGGACAACUGCAGCACAUGACCAUCAAAAGAGAGGAGAAAAGGCUCUCUGUGGAGAUUAACCAAAAUGAAAGAAUGAAGUUUAUUCUGUCUUCAGGAAGAGAAUUCAAUGCAAUCAAGUCUCUCACACUCGGCAAGAUUUUAGAAAACAGCGAUGUAGAUGAGGAAACUAUGAAGGCAAACUCUCAGGGGUUUAUUGGAUGUCUCUCUUCAGUGCAGUUCAACCACAUUGCUCCUUUGAAAGCUGCACUGCACCACAGCAGUUCAGCCCCUGUGAUUAUAAAGGGACUCUUCACUGAAUCAAACUGUGGUACUUUAACUGGAGCUGACUCAAUAUCAAGUGAAACAACCCAUUCAUUUGCAGAUGACUCUGGACCAAUAGACAAAGGACAGCCCUUAGCUAAUGCAAUCAGAAGUGACUCUGCAAUUAUUGGAGGUGUUAUAGCAGUCGUGAUAUUCAUCCUACUUUGCAUCGCUGCCAUAGCCACACGUAUUUGUAAGAAAAAAGGCAUAUACUCAAAAAAUGAGGCAAAAGCAUCUGAAAAUGAAGACAGUGCUGAAUCUGCACUGAAAAGUGAGCCCAGCAUGCAAACCACAGCCAGUGAAAAUCAAAAGGAAUACUUCUUCUGAUUUGCAUUAAUGAUUUAGUUUACUAAUGUGAGAGUCUGACUUUCUUGCUAAGCCAGGGGCUCUCAAUGGACAAAGAAAGCUCAUAAACUCAACAGUAAAUGCAACGUAUUUGAGACUUAUUAUACUGUAUAUGUUCAAUCUCAGUGAUUGCUAUAGGGAGAACCUUUAAUAAAAUUACAUGCAUUCCUUCACCAUUUUACCGUAAAUGCAUUUCAUGUAACAGUGGAUUAGAUAUUGUAACCAAUUUCAUUGCUAGUAGUUUCCGACUGUUCUAAUGUGACCUUCUGCAACUGAAGUUUAACAAACAUACUGAAUAUGAUUUUUGAAAGGGAAAAUUGUUAUGAAUUUAUUUCCAUAUUUUCUUUAAAAUUUUAUCUUGGAAUUUUGUUCAAGGUAAAUGAUGGAUUCUAAUACUUUGUGUUACUAAAGAAAUUCUGCUGUGUUGCAUUUUAGUGAUCCCUCUUACUUCCUCAAACUGAAAAUGCCUUUUGAACUGCUGUUGGAUGAUGUCAGCAUCUCCUUGUGAACCAGAGUUUGGUGUCCAAAACAAGCUGUAUUUCUUUUCCUCAGGAUGUGACCAAUGUCAUCACUAUCCCUUGUUUUUGCCAAACCUAGCAGGCCUUAACAAUGAAGGGUAUAUAAUGUGUUAGAAUGCUGCAAAAUCUUUUUUGCACUACUUUUUCACUUAUGGUCAAAUGAGGGCACCAAGUUAGACUUAUGCAUGUUCUAGGCAUUUGAAAUAAUAUUGGAAUCACAAAAGGCAAGAAGCUUGCUUGGAAACAUUGAGUAAUAUAUUAACAGCAGUUAAAUUAUCAUGAGAGAAAACACCACAAAAUUAAAAAAAAAAAAAUAUGAUCCUUGGAAUUUACUAAUGCCCUUAUGUCAAGAAUCAAGAAUUAAUUUUCUCUGCACUAUCUGAGACAUAUUCUCCUGAAACAUCGUAUCUAUGAGCUGCUCCAGACUUCAAGAUUAAGUUGUUCUAAAUUAUAGAACUUAUUUUUUAUGAUUAUGAUAAUAGAAGUAGGGCAUUAUAGAGUCUAGUACAGUGGCUGAUACUUGAAUACUUUUGUUCUUUACCCUUAACAGUAUCUACUAUGCCUCUGCAAGAUAAGUUCUGAUUAUACCCCUCAAAAUUAAACAGGUGUUUACUAUCCUGGUAAAGUAAAUGACUGCUGUUUAUGAAGUUAUAUACACAAAUUAUCAGACAUGAAGGGUAGGUUUAAGUUGUCUAAAUACAAGAUUGUAAGGUAACUUUAGAUACCACAGGAUAUCUGAAAUAUCCAUGUGACCUGGUGAGAAUGUUGCAAUUUCUGCAAAAAGUAGGUGUCUUUUGGAAGAGACGGCUGGAAAUCAAUUAGAAUAUCCCAAAGCAUCAAAAAAUGGUACUAGAUUCCAUUAUUUAGGUAAAUGAUUCACAAAAGAUUUUUUGGUGGUGGUGAUGCUGGUGGUUUUUGUUGUUUUGUUUUUUUCACAGACAGAAAGCUGUGGCUAGAGCUUGGGUUUCAGAAAAAAAAAAAAAAUCAGGAAUACUGUGCCCUUGUAGACUUCCGUUUAAAAUGUAAGCAUCUUUCAGAAUUGAUUUAUAUCUGUUUUCAUUAUAAGCAUUGAUAACAGUAAUUGUUUUUCUCCUCUUUCAGUAGGGAGAAUCAAAGCUAGCUCCUGGACUGUCAAGUUUAGAAAAUGUUUAUCACAGAUGCCUGAGAACAUUAUAAAGACAUGGAAACCUGAUACUGUGUGCCAAAAUCUUCAAUAUGUAAAUUUAUUUGCAUAAAUGGUAGUUUAAAUAUAAAUGUCCAGCAGAUAUAAUCUUCAAAAUUUUAUUUUCUUCCAUCACUCUUUCUGUUUUCAGAAUUCUACAGUUCCUUUUCUUCUUCCUUCUAUACAGCUUUGUUUAAUUUUUAGAAACAAAGUAUUUCCUUAUUUUGGUACCCGAAGUCUCUGCAAACGGAGAUUUUUCCAAUUAAGAUACACUUCUUGCUUGUUUUUCUCAUUUUAUUAUUCUGUGUGAAUCUCUCUGGUAGAUUAAUAAGGCUGAGGACUCAGGAUGAAGAGCUAGGUUUCUGUGUUGUGCAUGUGUUAGUGUAUUAACUGAUACAGUUUGGUCUGUGACAAUAGGUCAUCUUUAGAAAGGACAGAAAAAUGAUUUGGGAAUGCUAUUGGACUAUUCCUGAUAAGUGCUGGGGAUGAAAAUGCCAUCUUUGUGGAUAGGUAGUGGAGGAGAUGAAAGCCUCACAUGAGUCUUGAGAACAAGACCUUGAAUUUUUGCAUUGGCUCCUUUGGACCCUCUAAGUCUACCUAGUUAUUUUAAAAUUAAUAUUAGGACUACUCCUUUUCAAUGGUCUGAGCUAAAUUGCAUUGAAUUCAAGAGGAGUCAUUCCACAGACUUCGUUGUAACUGAAAUCCUCUGAAUGCACAUGUAUCUGCAGAUUUGUAGCAUACAAUAAUUACAUCUCUCUGGAGAUGCAAAUGCCCAUUUCCAGCUGUAGGAAUAGUGACCCUCUGUGUCUCAAGAGGCUUUCCUUUCUCAUGAUAGAUGUGUCAGUGUCCAUUCUUUUGUGUCACUUAAAUCAACACAUCUAUUGACAGUCAUGAGUGCCUGUCAACUCCAUUUUAAUCAACAUGAGGUGUAGUGACCAUGUGGGACAAAACUCAUUUAUGAUACAUUAGAUCACCAAAACAGAUAUUUUGAUUGAAUCAUAAAAGAGAGAUUAUCCCUGUGAGAGUUACCCAUAUAGUAACCUAACAAAACCUAAAGAAUACUCACACCAAGACACCUUGGAAGUAUUCAAAUAUAACUUUUCAAUCACUUGCUUUUACGUGUAUUUCUUUGUUAGAUUUCCUUGUGUGUCUUGAUGGAAAGAAAUAUCUGUUCCAUUACUUCCUUUUAUUCCAAAUAAAUAUUUUCGUUCUCUAUUGCUUAGAAUUUUUAAAAGAAAAAGGAAGGGAAAAGCUAAGUAAACUCCUUAUUUCACUGACCAAUUGAAAAAGAGAGGGCCAGGUGUAAACACCUGUGUUAAUGACAUGUUAUUUCAUUCAAAUACCUUUUUAAGGCAUUUUAUUAUAGGAAAGAUUCUAAGGGGAAAAACAGAAAUGGAUUUUAUUGAAUGCACAUCUAUCUGCAGAUUUGUUGCAUACAAUAAUUACAUCUCCGAUGAUGCAAGUGCCCAUUUUCACCUGUUGGAAUAGUGACCAUAUAUUCAUCAGCCGAAUCGGAAAUACACAGAUCCAUAGUCAAUGAAGCAGCCUUUUCCCUUAUUUAUUGCAUUUCUAUCAGUGUAAAAAUAUGGUGUCACUGGAGUGUGCUGAGAUAUCAUACACCAUUAUGCUGUCCUAUUUUUGCUUCUCUAUUCCAAUGUGUGACCUUUCCCCUCUCUGUUAAUAAACACUUUUUAAAAUAAA